AGCAGAUACAGCAAACUCCUCUCUCAUCAGACAUCACCACAUACAUUCAAAACCAAGCCUCCAAGUAUGAAGUAUCUACAUGAGUUUUUGGGUGCACUAAAAGGAGAUCACCCUUUUCUCCUUCAUCAUAUAAUACUCUCAUUUUCCCUUUUCCUUUGAAAUUAACACCCAAGUUUAGAGAGUUGGCUGCAAGUUUUUCCUCUAUUUUUCAGGUUUGUUGUGUCUAGCACAUUGUCAAGACACACCCCUAGGCCCUAGCCUUCCUCAUCAUUCAUGUGGAAGUGAGUUAUGGAUUCUGCUCCCUGAACUAAAUUCGGGUCAACGAGAAAAGCCGUAUUAAGUUCAAAUAAGUGGUGAAUCGGAAAAGAUCCCAAACAAAUAUCAACAUGCCAUUGUCGCCCAAAAAUUGGCUAUUGAUCCUCAAAAGUCAAAAGCAAUCCUCUAGAAAGUCAAGUCUAGCAAAUUGCAGCAGAAAAGUCAACUAGACGAAAUUUCAUUGUAGCUUCGUGGAAACUUAGGUGGGAAUUAAAUUUGGGGCCACAUUCAAGGAGAGAGAUUUUUGUUUUGUUAAAAAUCAACUCUGCCAAAGACACCGAAAAUUUCAACAAAAAAGAGAGAGAAUGAGUUUCAUAUUCAUGGCCAGAAAAAAAAGAAACAUAGAAAGAGAGAGAGCGUUUCUUGAAAAUGGAAGCAUGGUACUGGAGAAGCUAAUUGUCUCUUGUAAUGGCAGACCUACUCCUAUCCGUAGUUUCUCUUGUGAAGAAAUUGAGAGGGCAACAAAUAACUAUGAUCCUUGCCGAAUCUUUCAUAGAGAUUUGUUGUAUGAAUGGUACAAUGGUUCUUUUGAAGGCCGAAUGGUUUCCAUUAAGAAGUACAUAAAAAAAUUCGAGGAAGCUGUCUUCACCGAUAUAGCUAUUUCUGCAAAGAUGAGCCCUCACAAUAAUGUUCUAAGGCUCAUAGGGUGCUGUCUCGAGACUCAAAUUCCCACUUUAGUGUAUGAAUCUGCAGCAAAUGGAUCGCUUGCUUAUCGAUGGGGGGUAUCCAAUUCUAGUCUUAAUGGAGAACAACAACAGCGUGAGCCCAUGGCAUGGCAGAGCAAGUUAAAGAUUGCUAGAGAAAUUGCUCAUGCAAUUGCUUAUCUCCACACUGCGUUCUCAAGACCCAUCAUUCACAGGGACAUUAAACAGGGAAAUAUCUUUUUAGACGAACAUGAUGUUGCCAAACUAACUGAUUUUUCAGAGUCGAUAUCAAUCCCCGAAGGUGAAACUCACAUAGUAGAUAGGCAUGUGAUUGGGUCUCGUGGGUUUGUAUGCCCCCAUUAUGCUACCACGCUCCGUAUAACGGAGAAAAUUGAUGUCUUCAGCUUCGGAUCAUUUCUAUUAGAGCUUACAACUGGACAGAGGAUAUAUCAUCUAGCAAAAACAGCCGAUGAUGAAGGUGUGGAAUUAGAAGAUUACAUAGAAAACGUAACUAUAAAUGAGAUUGUGAAUUUAGCAAUCCAGGCAGGGCAAAGAGGAGCUGUUGUGGAGCAACAAGCACAAGCUGCUGUGAAGCUUGCCCUCCUAUGCAGAGAAAAGGAUCCGGAGAUAAGGCCAAAUAUGGUUGACGUUACAAAAGAACUUAGAAAGAUUGAGAGGGGAAGGAGGAUCUGUUGUGUGGCAACAACUACAAGCUGUAUUACAGCUUGCCCACAUAUGCAGAGAAAAGUAUCCGGAGAUUAGGCCAGAUACGUUUGAUAUUACAAAAGAACUCAGAAAAAAUUGAGAGGUUCAUCCCACUUCCUCCAU